CUAAAAUCUAGGCGGUGCGAAAAUCUAUACUCCACGUGCGUCACUUGUAACCUGCAUCCAACAGUUCCAAAGCUAAAGAAGUUUUUAACACGUAUUUUAGUACCUUUCAUAUUAGUUGAACUCUACAAUAAUGAAGAAGAAAUUGAAGUUGAAUCCUUUAUACCGUGAAAAAUCUCAAGAAGAGGCUGAUAUUAAGAAUGAAUCUGAAGGCGCUGAAGAAAUCAGUCAGGAAGUUAAGUUCCCAUCUCACAAUCAGUUUAACAAUAUAAAAUGUAAGGCAGUGAGGCUCCAGAAAAAUUUAAAGUUGAAAAAGGAAAAGACAAAGGCCAAAAAAGAAGCCAGAAAGGAGAGGAUUAAGAGUGGUUUACCCAAGGCAGUACCACAUACUAUUGAGAGCCUACGUGAAAAGGAUGAGACUGUUGUUCAAGGAGACAUAGACGAUGAGGAAAAUGAGGAGAUUAAGAUUGACUUGGAACAUGAUGAAUUUGCUUCUUAUUACAAGCAUGGCUACGAGCCCAAAGUUCUUAUUACUUACUCUGAUAAUCCACUGAGAAAGACCAGAAUCUUUGGUAGAGAACUUACAAGAAUCAUACCAAACUCUAUAUCCUUGUACAGAAACAGAUCAGGCGUAAAGAAAAUGGUGAAGAGUGCUAUUGCCAGAGGUUUUACAGAUAUAAUUGUCAUCAAUGAAAAUAUGAAACAACCUAAUGGCUUGCUACUAGUUCAUUUACCAGAUGGUCCUACAGCUCAUUUUAAAUUGAGCAAUCCAAAAAUAACACCAGAACUCAAAAAGAACUACAGAGAAAUAACAGAACACCGUCCUGAGGUGAUACUAAAUAACUUUACAACUCGACUGGGUCACACAGUUAGUAGAAUGCUAGGUGCUCUGUUUCACUACGAGCCAGAGUUUCGUGGCAGAAGGGCAGUUACGUUUCACAACCAGAGAGAUUACAUAUUUUUCAGACAUCAUAGGUAUGAGUUCAAUAUGAAAACAGGCAAACCGAAACUCCGUGAGCUUGGUCCUCGGUUCACAUUAAAAUUACGUUCCAUACAAAAAGGCACGUUUGACAGUAAAUACGGGGAGUAUGAAUGGAUAAUACAAGGUCGCCGUCACGCAAUGGAAACUAGCAGAAGGAAAUUCUUCUUAUAAAAUUGCAAUUAAAUUCAAAUACCAAUUCCAUUCUACCA